GUUUUGUUGUGGCGGUACAUUUGGAAGUUUGUGUUGUCCGUUUUCAACACCAACUUUAAAUACCUCCACGGCAGUUUACAGUCAUGUCAGAGUACAGCGAAUUACAACUGAGCGGUGAAGUGUCAACUUUGUCCGUGGACCGAUUUCAGAAAGAUUAACAUCCGAGAGGGUAAGCCGUCAUGUCAUCUUCAGCUGGCGUGCAGCCGUCGGAAAUCAGCAUCCUCGCUCGCUGGAUACCGAGCAGACACCGAGCCGGAGUCAUUCUGAGUCCUUCUCUGGACGGAGUCGGCUCGCCGAGGGACAGUUGGGACGAUUCCUUCGCCUCGCAGUUCGUCCCCCUGCCCGCGUCAAACAGCAGCAGCUGCGUAAGCCUUGAUUCUCUGGUGCUGGCGGACACUGGAGACCCGGACCAGCAGGGGAAAAUGAAGCUGCUGGACGCACACGGGAUCGCUGUGGAGAGGGUGUGCUUGGAUGCCGCUGACAGAAAGACCAGCGAUUGUCCAAUAGCGCAGAAACUAGAGGAAUUAAAGGAGUUGCAGAGAGCCAUGCAGGAGCAGCUGAAAUCCCAUCGGAUGGAGCAGCUCCACCAGCCACUGCCGGAGCCUCAGAGGUUCCUGGGUACAGUUGGCCAGCAUAGCAGUACAGAUUUUGCGGGGUCCUCAUCGCUGGCAGGAGAAGGCUCUGUGACUGAGGAGCCCUCUCAGUGGGCGCUGUUGGCUGGCUGUGUUGGAAUUUCCACUCCCCCGCAGACCAUAAGCAAUCCGCCAGCAGUCAGACCUGGAUUGCCACUUUUGCCUGUCCAAUCUCUUCAGUGGGAUCCAAAUACCGUCCCUGGUAGGGCAUCCCUGGAUGUUGUGGGGGAACAGGAAAGCCCCCAUUCCCAACAGUACCCAGAGACAAACCUGUACUCACAAAAAGGAGAGGCAGCCUCUGAUACCACCCUGGGAGCAGAUGUGUGGGAACAGAGUUACAACCGUGACCAGCAUAGUGCCGACAGAAGCUACAAAAAUGCUGAAAGCGAUAAUGAUGAUCGAGAAUUGACAACCUCUACGAGCAACGACCAGCUCCCGAGCCCUGGCAGAGAAGAUGAACAGAGUGUCCCACCCUCAGAAGACAGGCCCAUCAAACCAGGGGUUGGGAGCAAGAAGCAGACCUUUGAGGAGCUUCUAGAAGAGCAACUGCAGCUGGAGGAGCAGAGGAUGAAGGCUUUCCGGCUGGGGCAGACUACAGUGGAAGUAAAAGCCCCCCCAAAGAGAACCUUUCUACGGCGGGGAGAGGGCCUUGCUCGCUUCACUAGGGGAAAAGCUGCCCUUCCAAAAAGGAGAGAUAAAGAUGCUGUCAUCCACAUGUCCCCCAAGUCCAGCACUUCCAAUGAUACAGGACCCAGCAGAAACAUUCAGAAAAACAAAGUUUCCCAGCGCCCUGCCAUCCAGCGCAAGACUACUGUCCUGAACAAGGAGAACCGCCCAGAACACCAGCCUGUGGGCCAAGAACCCAGAAGACCGCAGACCAAGGGUGCUGUCCAACCACAAACCAAGGUCCUCGGCAGAAAUCAAAGGCAGAAUAUAGGGGCUCCAGAUUUGGGGAGGUCUAAGGCUGGGGAAACACUAGAGCGAAAUGGAAAAGAGACGACUAGCAGUGGAUUGCAAGGCAGAAGGCUAGUUCCGCUUUCUCGUCCACCGACGUCAAAGGCUGUGCUGGUAACAAAGUACGUGAGUGGGGAGGAGAUAAGUGGAGUCCAGAGGCAGAUGCAGAUGAGGCCUACGCCAGUAGCACCCCAACCCCCACCAGAGCACUCCUUUGAGCUGUCCUUCCAGGAGAAGCUGGAGCGCUGGGCCUCGGAGAAGCUGCAGGAGAAUGCGGAGCUGGGUGAGUUUGAGCUGCUGGAACAGGCUGCUGAGGAGCUGUCCUUCUCCAGCAAUUCCUCCUUCGUCAUGAAGGUGCUGCAGCUCGACCGCCAGAACAGCAGAGGAGGCCACCAUAACCGCAGGCUAUCCUCUACUCCUAUCAAGAGCCUAGAAAGAAGGCAGUCUGCUGAAAAAGGAUGUCGCCCACCCAUUUGCACGGGUGCAGCCAGGCUAAAGCCUGGAGGCCCUCAGCCUGGAACGGCAGGGCAGAAGAAGAGUGAUAACCUGAAAGUGAAGGAGGCGCAGGCCGCGACAAACACGGCUGCCACCAGAGCAUCGAGUCACAGUAGCUUGGAAUUUGGGGACCCAGAUGACACUGUCCGGGAGGUAGAAGUAGCCCCAGCUGAGCUAGCAUUGCAUGGACAUCUCUGCUUUCCUGUACCUUCUGCUGCCCUAUAUGACAGGAUGUCCUACCAGGACAGAGACAUCGAUUUAAACCACAGUAAAGGAAAGGAGAGCUGUGAGGUUGAAUUCAGUCAGCAUGCAGGUACAAUCCUCACUGAGAAUGGAGAGACUAGGACUGCAGAUCACAUUGUGUUUGACGAUGACGACACGUGGAAUGAUGUGGAGGAUGCUGGAGACUUGGAGGAAGAGGAAGAGACUGCUGGAGAUGAUGAAGAUGGUGAUGAUGAUGAUGAUGAUGAAACCAGAAUGGGAGAUUCAGACCAUGUCAGCAUAGAAGCUAUAAGCCAUGUCCCAUCGGAUGGGGCACUUAAAAGGAAGGUUGCUGCUGUGAAGGGGGAGGACCGGGGUUUGUACCCCAAAGAGGGAGACCAGGUUUCAUCCCCUCCCCCGACUUCCCAGCUGGUAGCUAAACUGUUCCCGUCUGUAAAGCCCAAGGUGAAGCUUGGCCCAGCAGCAGCUGUGGAGCCUCCAAAGGCUGUGGCUGAGCAGGUGGCAGGGCCUAAUCCCUUGUCACGACAGCUGAGGGAACGUCUGGUUGAGCUGGAGACUGAGAUCGAGCGCUUUAAGGAAGAGAAUGCUAAGCUGGCCCACCUGAAGCAGCAGAGGGAGGCUGGCUUGGAGGCGCUUAGGAAGGACGUGGUGGCCUUUGAGCAGAGGAAAGCGAAGGAGCUAGCUGACCUAGAGGAGGUGAAGAAAGGGGAGGCGCAGAAGCUGCAGCGAGAGCGGAAGGUGUUUGAAAGACACGCUUCUGCCGCCAGAGCCAUGCCUGACAAGAAGGAGCGCGAGGAGAUCCAGGCCUUGAAGCAGCAGCUGAGCUCCCUGCAGGACGAGCUCCGGCGCCGAGAGGCCCGCUGGUCCAACACUCACAGCCGUCUCCGGAAGCAACUGGAGACUGUCAGCGCGGAGAAUGCCGCCCUGCGGGAUGAGGUCCGGGUUCUGGAGAAGUUGCGAGUAGCGACCUGGAAGAAGGCGGAAGGGGAGAAGGAGAAAAGCACAGUGCAGACUAGUGAAAGCUUCCAGGCUAGCUCUAGGAGGUCCAAAUCUGACAGUCCCACAGGUACGACAUGUGACACUACAUUACUGCCCUCAUCCACUAGGGGGAGCGUACAGGGCCAUAAUCCUCCUGGCACAGGUAAACCCUCUGUCCACUGGGCAGAAGGGAAAAAAGCCUCGGAUCUUGGCAGAGGGACUGUGGUGGAGAAUUCAGUGUCACCUGAUUGUCUCCCUCGUAACUCUGGAGCAUUGGUAAGGGAACGCUGUGGGGAUGAGAAUGAAGAAGAUCGGAGACAGGAUGAAGUGGAAAGCCAGGAGACAAUUACCCACCCUGAUGGAAAGAUAGAGCAUGUGCUUCGCUGGGGGGGACGACUUAUACUUUUCCCGAAUGGAACCCGUAAAGAAGUAUCAGCUGAUGGACGAACAGUGAAGAUCACCUUCUUCAAUGGGGAUGUCAAGCAGGUCACAGAUGACCAGCAGGUGAUUUACUACUAUGCAGAGGCCCAAACCACUCACACCACAUACCCAGAUGGCAUGGAGGUGCUAAGGUUCCCCAAUAACCAAAUUGAAAAGCAUUUUCCAGAUGGUCGAAAGGAAAUCACUUUUCCCGAUCAGACAGUGAAGAACCUGUUUCCGGAUGGGAAGGAGGAGAGCAUAUUCCCUGACGGAACCGUCAUAGAAGCAGAACCGGAUGGUUCCAAGGUCAUCCGGUUUAACAACGGGCAGCGGGAGGUACACACAGCCGCGUUCAAGCGGAGAGAGUACCCAGAUGGCACAGCCAAGACCAUUUAUGCAGACGGCCGUCAGGAAACCAGCUAUCCCACAGGCCGGCUGCGCGUCAAGGAUAAAGACGGACACGUCGUCAUGGAUACCAUGACAUAGACCCUAGCCCGUUCUGCACGUGAUUGGAUUCGCCUCCCCUUGGAGUGGUCUUUGUGGAAAAUGUGUGUGUAUAUCUACCUUUUUUAUAAUUAUGUGUACAUAACAAAUAUUAAAUUAUUUAGUGUACAUUGUGUAAAAUAAAAACUUUGAACAAUG